CGAACAUAAAUGAAUGCUUGAUGAUGCUUGAAAAUUACGGAAAGGAUCAAUGAAAAGCGCCCGGACGAGUGUUUGUAGAUAAUCGAUUAAUUUCGUAUCUCUAUUGGUUUCAAACACGAAUGCUGAGGAAGAGAAUAAAUAUAGUUUUGAAAAUACUUUCUUGAAAAAAAAAAAAAAGUCACAAUGACGAAAGAUGAAACUUUGGAAAAGAAAUCAGUAGAAAAUAAUGAUACUGAUAAGAAGGCUGCAUCUGAAACGGGUCCUGAUCCAUCAGCACCAAUAACAAGAAGAGGAGUAUUAACAUCUUUUUUGACUGGCAAACCAAUGGAAAUACCUGAACAAGAUAUUUUAGGUAAAUGCAGAUUUGUAUCAGAGUUUGAAAAAUUAAACCGUAUAGGAGAAGGCACAUAUGGAAUUGUCUAUAGAGCAAGAGAUACUAAAAAUGACAAAGUUGUAGCAUUGAAAAAAGUUCGGAUGGAACAUGAGAAGGAUGGUCUUCCAGUCAGUGGACUCAGAGAAAUAUCUGUUUUAUUAUCUUGUCGUCAUGAGAAUAUUGUACAUUUAAGGGAAGUGGUAGUAGGAAGAAGCCUAGAAAGCAUAUUUCUUGCUAUGGAAUAUUGUGAACAAGAUUUAGCAAGUUUAUUGGACAAUAUGCAAGCUCCAUUUUCAGAAAGCCAAGUCAAAUGCAUUGUUUUACAAGUGUUAAAGGGUUUACGCUACUUGCAUCAUAAUUUUAUUGUACACAGAGAUUUAAAAGUUUCGAAUCUUCUUAUGACAGACAAAGGAUGUGUGAAAAUUGCUGAUUUUGGAUUAGCUAGAUGGUUUGGUUUGCCUUUAAAACCAAUGACACCUAGGGUAGUAACAUUGUGGUAUAGAGCACCAGAAUUAUUGUUACAAGCAAAGACUCAAACAACUUCUGUUGAUAUGUGGGCUGCUGGCUGCAUUUUAGGAGAGUUACUCGGACAUCGUCCUUUAUUACCUGGACGAUCAGAAAUUGCACAGCUAGAAUUAAUUGUUGACUUAUUGGGUACACCAAGUGAAGCAAUUUGGCCCGAAUUUAAUACCCUUCCCGCAUUACAAAACUUCACAUUGAAACAACAACCAUACAACAAUUUGAAACAAAGGUUUCCAUGGUUAAGUGCUGCAGGUUUAAGAUUAUUAAAUUUCUUAUUCAUGUAUGAUCCAAAAAAGAGAGCUACAGCUGAAGAAUGUUUACAAAGCAGUUAUUUUAAAGAGGCUCCAUUGCCAUGCGAUCCUAAGCUUAUGCCCACAUUUCCACAACAUAGAAAUAUGAAAAAGGCUGCUCCACCAAAAGAGACUAGAGAACCAGAGGCAAGUGUCACGGAUCAGACAAAUAACUUACCCGCAAUUUCGGAUCUUCUUGGGUCACUUGUUAAGAAGAGACGAGUUGAAUGAAUUCGAACUACAAUCACAUUCAUAACUUCGAACGCAAUCCAAACACUUUCGAUCCUCAGUUAUAAAAAGAUUCAAUGUAAUUUAUCCCUCUCAUUUAGGAUGUACGAUAUUAUUCAUAAAUACUUUUGAAUAAAUGAACUUUAUUACCAAACAUUUAAAACAA